CAAAAGGAGCUGGGAAAGAGACUGUUGUCCCCUUGGGAGAGAGGAGGGGGAAGCUCUACACAGACGUCCCCCCCGUCCAAUCCCAUCCCCAAGUAGGGGUCGUGGCGAUGAUGCUCUGAGCAAGUAGGCAGCCCCUGGGUGGGCAGCCUAGCCUGUCCUGCGGGUAUAAAGAGCCCCGGCCUGGCCUGCCCGGCUCCCAGAUCCCAGGCGCUUGGCGCGCCCUCAGCUCCAAGGAUGGACGAGUUGAUGGACGGCUGCCAGUUCUCUCCAUCCUCAGCCGUCUUCUUCUACGACAGCUCUUCCUGCAUCCCUUCCCCCGAGGAGGUACUAGUGGAAGAGGACUUCGCGCAGCGGAUGGCAGCUUCCUCCUCGUCGUCGUCCUCGUCUUCUUCCUUCGGAGCGCACCCGGCAGAUCUGCCCGGGGGAUCCGACGGCGAGGAGCACGUCCGGGCGCCCACGGGCCACCACCAAGCCGGCCACUGCCUGUUGUGGGCUUGCAAAGCCUGCAAGAAGAAGUCGAGCACGGUGGACCGGAGGAAGGCGGCCACCCUGCGGGAGAGGCGGAGGCUGAAGAAAGUCAACCAAGCCUUCGAGGCUCUCAAGAGGUGCACCACGGCCAACCCCAGCCAGCGGCUGCCCAAGGUGGAGAUCCUGAGGAACGCCAUCCGUUACAUCGAGAGCCUCCAGGAGCUGCUGAGGGAGCAAGUGCACCACUACUACCGCUUGCCCGGCGGACAAAGUUGCUCCGAGCCCAACAGCCCCACCUCCAGCUGCUCCGACGGCCUGGCUGAAUGCAACAUCCCGAUGUGGUCCAGAAGAAACGUUACUCAUGACAAUGUCUAUUGCCCUGAUCUCCAAAAUGUCUAUCCGUCUGAAGUGAGCACAGCCCUCUCCAGUCUGGAUUGUUUAUCCAGCAUAGUGGAUAGAAUCUCUUCCUCGGACCAGGCGGGCCUCUCUCUGCAGGACUCCACUUUGCUGCAGGAUUCUCCUGGUGCCAGCCCUGAGUCACAGCCAGGCACUCCGGAGACCCCUCAUCCCAAGCUCAUCUAUCAUGUACUAUGAGCUGGCUGAGAUUUGAAACCAGCUCCGGCCACGUUCGGACAUUGCUGAGAACUCCCAACAGCAACGAGAAGGAGGCUCUCCAUUGAAAUCCGAGGCCCUUGGAAUUCCACUGGACCAAAAAUAUGUAUAUAGAGGAGACGUCACUUUAAAAUGUGUACAUUUGUGAAUAUAUUUUCCCUGUCUCCCUUUCUACAAGGGAAAUGACAUUGUAUUUAACCAAGACAUCUAUAUUUUAAUAUUAUAUAAUUCUAUGUUGGGUUUUUAAACUGUGCCACGUUAAAACCCUAGUUAUUGUCAAGAGUGGACAUGCAGGCAGAGCUGGCUCACACAUAAAAACACUUCAUGUUUUGAGAUGUCCAAAAUGACAGAUAGAAUUUAAGUUAUAUUUUCAUAUGUGUAUUUUUCCCAAUUGAGGAGAAAAACAACACCGACAUGCUGUUUUUAUGAGAUGAGCUGAAAAUUCUUAGAAGACAUUUUUCUGAGACAGGUUCUGAGGUUAUCUUUUUCUUGUGGGAUGAGAGAAAGAUGGCCGCCUUGCAGAAUUUUAUUUGAAUAUGUUCUACCAUUUUGUGUGUGGCAACUAUCAUUUCCCCCUCUUCUAUGACCUGGAACAACUUCAGGUCUGUGUGGAGGAUGGAUUUAGAAUGGUGGCCAGGCUUUCAAGGAAGUGCCAGCUGCUUUCAUUUGGAGCAGGGGGAGAGAAUGGAGAGAAACUUUAGAGAAAAGGAAUGAAGGUAUUUCCAUGGCUAAUGGUCAGCUCCAUUCCUAAGAAAAUUUUGGAUAAUUUCUCCUCCCUCGUAGAAAUUUUGCUGAAAUAGCACUCCUGUUUUUCUGCCCACAAAUAAAGUGGAGAAUUCUGAGAGGCAAUUUUCACACACCUCUGCUUUUUAUAGCAAGUAAACAGCCUUAACCAGGUAGGGUGAGGCAGUUUGCCUCUGAAAGGAGCAAAUUGUCAUUAUAUUUUGGCCACUAGGGGAGCCAUUGGACACUGAUGUUCUUGCCUCUAGGGUUUUUGCGCUGCAUCUGUCUUUACUGCCAUAGCGGUAUCAUUUUACACAGAAGCCUUUAGAAAUCAAAUAGCACUCCCAAAGCAGUUUUUGAUGCUCUAUUUUACUAUUUCCAUUCAAGAGGCCCCUCCAACGGAGAGGAGCACUUAAAUGUUUUGGUGGGCUUUCUUCAAACUAAAUCAGUGCUUGAAAAACUGGAAUGCAAAUCCAAUUCUGGUUUAUUUUUUUAUAGCCAUGCUUUCAAUGGUAACAAAAAAGCCUUGUGGAUUUUUUUUUUGGGGGGGGGUUAGGGAAGAAAUCUCUGUUUCAGUUCAUUGUAUGUAAAAGAGAGUCUUAGUACAGUUUUGGAUUAUGGAGCAGCUCUUCAAUAUGAUGUACUUAAAGAAAAAAAGCAGGAAGGCUCGAGCGUAACAUUUAAAAGCACUUUUGAUCUCCAUGGAACUCAAUCAUGCAGUUUUAUGAAAGGAAAGAGUUAUGCAAAGGGCAAAGCACAUUAAGGUUUAUGGUGGUUAGCAAUUCUUCAGAGACCAGCUGAGCUAGUACUAAAAGCUAGAUAGUUCGUAGUGUGCAAAAUAUCACAAUGGAAAACUUCUCAAUUUAUAUGUAAUGUAACUCUGUUAUUUUCCCCCUGCCUUGGACAUCGGGGUGGGCAGGGGAGAAUAUGGUGACGCCAGCAUAGAAGUUCCGAUCUGAUCCUUUUCAAUGCUUCUACUGCCUCUAUAAUCUGUAAAUUUUGUAAACCGUCUGCGACAGUAAUUACCCACCUUUACAACACAACCCUACACAGGUCUAGCGAGUAGUCAGUACAAUUGAACUCAAUGGGAUUUGCUUCUUUAGGGUUAUGCUGGUGGUGUUUUCCAUACUAUUCAGCACAGACCACAGUAUAACUGUUGUGUAUGUGCUGUUAUUUUAAUGUAGGUUAUUUUACACCAUCAGCGCCACAAGCAAAGUGCAAAAAUCCACUGUAAUAAAACAUAGCAACUAUGGAAAGUAUCAUCAGCUCCAAUGAAUGGUGGCCCACUACACACUAGAGAAGCCGUAUGGAAUCCUCCGUUUCAGUUUGUGCCACAAUGACCUUGCAAAUGACCUUCUGCAAGGCAUGCAGUGUAACACUGACAAAUCACAUGCCUGUAAUAUAAUAUACGCCUCUUUCUGGCUAGCUGGCAUUUUCAAGAGUCGCAAGCAAGGUCAAUGGCUCUCUUUUCGUCUGGCAAAUGUUUUCAAACAGAGAGUCCUGCCGUUCAUGACUUACUAUCCCGAAACAGCUGUAUAUCAAGCUUGAAUAUCAAGCUGAAGAGCAUUUCCUACAGCAGAAGGAACCAGGAUGUUGGAUUUUUGCAAAUGUUGUAAAAUAUCCAUGACUCCAAAAGCCUUUCUUGUGGGAACUUUUCUAUCUGGGGGAGUGUAUUCAGGAGGACACAUCUGAGCUGUAUCUGCAGGGCUUUAAGUGCCAAAUCAAAGCACAAUGAGAGAAGUGAGUUUUGUAACUUCCCUUGAGCACACCUUAUGUGGUCACCCAGAACCCAAUAAUGUAAAUUGUGCUGAAACAUGCAUUGCACUGGUCCAUAAGGAAAGGUCCAUCACAGCUCAGUGGUACAGUAUUUGCUCCAGGCAUGGUUGGGUGAGAUCUAGAGUGCCCGUCAGUGGGCCAAUCAGUAUCAACAAUACUGCACUAAAUAGACCAAUAGCCCUCUGCUCCUAUCAGCUACACAGCUGACAGGGACUGCCCAAGACUCUGACCUCCAGCAUGUCUGUUAGGACUCUGGGGAAUUGUUGCACUACUUUGGCAUCUAUCCAUUUGCUGAAAAUAAAUUGCUGUGCAGAUGGGCUCUUAGAUUCACCUGUCUGCUUUUGUAGCUGAUUUUAAGGUUCAUAGGAGAAAGAAUUCCAUUAGCCUUCUUUAGGACUUGCACAGAAGGCAGAAUUUCAUCAGCUGUAUCUUGAACCAUGAAAUGCCUACAGUUCUUACAACCUAAACUUAUGCCCAUCUGCAUAAGAAGAAAGUCCCACUGAGUUAAAUGGCUCUUACUCUCCCAAGGAGGGGUGGUCCAUCCCAUUUUGCCACCUGAGGCGCAACAGGAAUGUGCAGCUCCCUGCCCUGCUGUGCCCUAUCCAUUCCACUUCAGCCACCAGCAGGUUGCCCCCACCUCUCAUCAAACUUGCAGAGAGUCAAGGCAUUGCUUCGCAUCUUCUCCACCCCAGAAGAUGAGAGGCAAUGCUGUGUGCUGGGAUGCCUGCUUCUCAAGGGCGAGAGGGCAGUGUUCUGGUGGCAGUGGGGUGGAUGAGGUGUUGUAUUUUCUGCUUCUGCUGCCUGAGCUGGGUGCAUUGCCCCACUUCAUUGGUGAGUUGCUCUGCUCCCAAGUAUAAGUGUGUAGGAUUGCAGCCUUAAAAAUAAAGGAGCUCAUCUCAAGGUCUGAACCUGGCAAGCAACGUUCUGUAGAAAUUCUAAAACUAAAACUGUCAAUACAGCCUCCUUUUUAAAAUCUGAGUAGUGGUUCUACCUGGGGAAAUAAUUUUAUUUGUUUAUUUUGCAAGGUUAUAUACUGUUGCAUUGUAAUAAAACCUUACUUAAAACCAG